AUGGAUGCUUCAGUGGAAAAACCAACUGGUCCUGCAGACAUGGAGGUUUCCAGUGACAAGCUUUUCUGCUGCAGGGGAGUUCGUAACAAGGUCCCUCUGACCUACAGAGAGGAACUGUAUCACAUUCUGAGGAUGACGGGGCCUCUGCUGCUGUCUCGAAUCCUCAAUUACAUGCUUCCGUUUGUGGUUACAAUGUUUUGUGGCCGUCUGGGAAACGAUGUGAUGGCCGGCUAUGGAUUAGCUUCUGCUACCAUUAACGUGAGCACAGCAGCGACAGGCACUGGUCUGGCACUGGCGUGUGAUACUUUGGUGUCUCAGACCUUUGGUGGUAAGAACCUGCUGCGUGUGGGAGUGAUCCUUCAGCGAGCCAUCAUUAUCCUGCUAUUGUUCUGUCUCCCCUGCUGGGGUCUCCUCAUUAAUGCAGAGGCCAUCCUCUUAUGUCUGGGCCAGGACCCUGAGGUGGCCAGAAUAGCUCAGCUGUAUAUUACAGCCUUCCUUCCUGCAGUGCCGGCAAUGUUUCUACAUCAUCUUCAGGUGUCUUAUCUACAGAACCAGGGAAUAAUAUUGCCACAAAUGUACACUGCUGCUCUGGCAAACAUUGCAAACGUGGUGACAAACUACAUCUUUCUUUACUGGCUGGAUCUUGGUGUUGGUGGCUCUGCAGCAGCCCACACUCUAGCUUGGAUUUACAUCUGCGCUUUUCUGUUUGUGUACAUCUGGUGGAAGAAACUCCAUGUAUCAACAUGGGGAGGCUGGUCUGCAGAAUCACUGCAGGAGUGGGGCUCCUACAUGAAGCUGGCCAUUCCCAGUACCUUAAUGGCUUGUUUUGAGUGGUGGGUUUAUGAGUUUGGAGGAUUCUUUGCAGGAAUGCUGGGUGAAGAUGAGCUGGCAGCUCAACAUGCUGUGAUAAUGGUGGCUUUCAUUACUUACAUGUUCCCUCUUGGUGUUCAAGCUGCAGCAUGUGCCCGUGUGGGCAAUGCUCUUGGGGCUGGAGACACUGACAGGGCGAUUCUAUCAGCCAAGAUGUCACUGGCUCUUGCAGGUAGUUUUGCUGUUGUUGAAGGCCUCUUCCUGGGUGCUACCAAAACAAUCAUUGGAUUCAUCUUCACAUCUGAUGAAAAAAUUGUAGCUCUGGUGUCACAGUUGAUGAACGCUUAUUGUUUCCUUCAAUUUUUUGAUGGCCUUGUGUGUGUGUGCACAGGCAUCUUCUUGGGUACUGGCAAACAGAAGAUACCAGCUGUGGCUAAUCUCAUUGGAUACUACUGCAUAGGGCUUUCAUUGAGCAUCACUCUAAUGUUUGUUGUAAAACUAGGAGUGCUAGGUUUUUGGCUUGGACUGCUCAUUUGCGUCGUCUUACAGUCCACCUUUUACAUCAUUGUCAUCUUCAAGCUGAACUGGAAGAGAAUGACAGAUGAGGCUGUGAAACGAGCUCAGAAAAAGACUUACAUGACGGCAUUAGGCACAGAUGUUGUUUCAGACAUUGGCCAAACAUCAAGUAGCGGGAACUCAGUAGAUGGCUACACACCAGUGAGUACCAAGUGCCAAGCGACACAGGGCGAACACGUGGACCACGACCCGAAGAGCAGCCAUCUCUCCAUCACUCAGCUGAUCAUCAGGCGAGGCCUCACUAUGUUUGCAGCAGUUGGGCUUCUUGCUGUGGGAGUAGGUGUGUACUUCCUUGUGCCUUUGCCAGAGACGCUACUUGCAAACUCUACAAUGGACUGGAUUAAUAGUACAGAUACUCCUGAUCAAAUCUUCACCAGUGUGCUGGUCACAUUAGAGAGAUAGUGUAAAAACACAGAGUGUUAAGCUCUUGCAGAAUGAUUGUCUUGGACUGUCUCAGGGCCCAACUGUAACAGAUGUGAUUCAAAAAUAAGGUGAAUGAAUGGUGUUGGAUACAUUUCAUUUUCUUCAAAUUAUCAUCAUUUUUAAGUAAUAAAUGACGUAUUUCAUCA